AUUUUUGUGACGAAUGGUAAAUCUCGAAGCCUACAAAGUCUAGUUCACCUCUGAUCACCCAUGAUUGGUGGGGUCAUGAGCUUCACAUGCUUAUUUAGGUGUCCUUUUUCUCCACUCCCACCUGGCAGCCUGGACACUUGGCAUCCAUGGCCUCAAAAGGUAUUUGCAGAGCAAAAAGAUUGCCCAAGUGCUCAACGAUAAAAUCCUCUGGUUCGUUUCAGAGAUGGCAAUUACUCUUUUAAAAGAGAAAGCAAUCCUUUCAGAUCAAGGCUAUUUUGAGAUUGUCCAGGCUAGAAAAAGACUACCAAUAUCCUUGCAAGAAACAUUAAAUAAUGCAUUUGCAAAGAUACCAGUGUCUUUUUUUCCUGAAGUUCCUGGAGGCAAAGUAAUUGAAAUUCCAGGAGAUGCAUCGAUUGCAGACACAGUGCAGAUUCUUUCAGAACACAAUAUUUUGUCUGCUCCAAUACGGAAUCUAGAUGCAGAUGAUACCACAAUAUGGUAUGACAGAUAUCUCGGUUUGGUGGACUAUUCAACAAUUAUAUUGUGGGUCUUGGAGAAUGCAGAUCUUGCAGCUGUUGCUUUAGCAACAGGAUCAGCAGUUGUUACAGGGAUGGGAGUAGGAGCAGUUAGUGCUUUGGGAGCACUUGCGUUGGGAGCAACUGGUCCUGCUGCAGUUGCUGGAUUGACAAUUGGGGCUGUUGGAGCAGCAGUUGCAGGUGGAAUAGCUGUUGAGAAGGGCAUUGGAAAGGAUGCCUCAACUGCUGCAAGUUAUUUAGGUGAUGACUUCUACAAGACCAUCCUCCAGGAAGAGCCUUUCAAGUCUACUGCUAUUCAAACGAUUGUCAGAUCCUAUAGAUGGACACCAUUCUUACCUGUUCAGCCAAAUGAUUCUAUGUUGACUGUGCUGCUGUUACUUUCAAAAUAUCGUUUAAGAAGUGUACCUGUUAUUGAAAUUGAUAAGCCAUCAGUUAAGAAUAUGAUUACUCAAUCUGCGGUUAUACAAGGUCUUGCACAAUGCAGGGGUCAAGAUUGGUUUGACACUAUUGCUAGGAAGUCCGUAUCUGAGAUGGGGCUUCCUUUCAUGUCUCCAGACAAGGUCAUUUCCGUUGGUGGUAAUGAGCUGGUACUAGAAGCAUUCAAAUGCAUGCACGAAAAACAGAUUGGGGGCCUUCCAGUUGUGCAAGGUCCAACAAAGAAGAUAAUUGGGAAUAUAAGCAUAAGGGACAUACAAUUCUUGCUCUUACAUCGAGAACUCUUUUCUAAGUUCAGGCAAUUGACUGUUCUGGACUUCAUGAGAACUGUUGUUUCAACUAUAGGCUCAUCAUUUAUGAUGCCUCCCAUAACAUGCAGGUCUGACACUCCUCUUGGUGAUGUGAUAGAAGUUCUAGCAGAAAAGGGUAUUCAUAGAAUUCAUUUAGUUGAUGAGCAAGAUGAAUUGUGUGGUGUUAUUACUUCAAGAGAUGUCAUAUCGUGCUUUGUUUCAGAACCUGAAAAUUAUUGUGAAAAUCAUUUUGAGCUAUUACUAAAGGAAUUAUAACGAUCGUGGUGAUUUUUGAGUCGAAUUUAUGCCUAAGUGAAUUCUCCAAUUUUCUUGUAAAAUCUGGAAGGCUACUACUUCUACUUCAUGUACACGAAUGGAUCCGCAAUAAUAAGAACAUCAUUUAUAAGUGCCACAGGUUUGAUUUAAGUAUGUAUCAAAGAAGAUACGAUAUUGUCUCUAUUUUCUAAUAAUCACAAUGAAGGGUUACUUUAACAAGAAAACAA